ACAGCCUUGAAGUUAUCUGACCCCUAAUAUAGAAACAUUUGAGGGCAGAUUGGUAGCUUUGGAGUGCAAAGAGAGAGAACAUCUUUGGGGAGAGAAUAUAAGCUUGAUAAUCUCUCACAGGGUUACCUCUAGAUAUUCCAUAUUUCUAUAACAACUCAAAUUAUCAUUAAUUUUGUUGAGCGCUUUUCAAAUGUAAUAAAACAUGUAGUAACAACUUACUACAUGUUUUUGGGCAGAGUAAAUUCAUAUUAAUCAGUUUGUUGACUGGGAUACUUAAUAAAAAAUCAUUAGUGUUAUCAUGCCCAGUGCCCAAUUCUAAAUAUAAUACAAAUCGAUAUAUAGAUAAAUAAUUGUGAAAAAUUUAUCAAAACUGUAAAGUACUUUUAAACGUACUUAAUACAGCUAAAACAUAAAAAGCAACAAAAACAGCAGCAGCAAAGCUAAGCAAAGAAAUUAAAGCAAAGAAAUACGGGAAAUUGAUAUAGCCUUCCUGUACGAUAUUCUCUUUCUUAUAAAGUAACUAUUGCAAAAUCUUAUGUGGGUCCUUAAAUUAGCAGAAAUACAAGUUUACCUGACUUUGCCAAGAGAUUAGCUUCCUAUUAUGGAUUAAAUAAGUAAAUAAAAGCUAAAAUGUUUCAAAUGCCAUGGAAUUUUGCUGGAUAGCAUUAAGGGCGCGGUAGCCAAAGAGGGGUAGGCAAGUGCUUGCACAGUUGUCCGAAAUUUUAAAGCACAGUGUAUCAUCUAAACUUAAUAAGGGAUUGCUUUCUGUGCUUCGGAAUUUUGUAGGAAAUUUUGGGAAAAUUUCACCUUUUUUGCUCAGCCAAGUGUAAGGUGCCAACAAGCUCUUCAUAUAAUUAGAUAGAAAAGAUAGCCAUGGGUGUCUAUAUUGUCUUUUUAAAAGAAGACUAGAUUUUCAGACGAAAUUUUUAGAAUCAAUUGAUGGAUAACCUCGUCCUUGUGAACAUUAAGAGACCGCUUGUUAUUAAAUUUAAUUGCAAUUUUCAGUUCCUUCUCGGCGUUUGUACGACUUGUUGGACUACUUUGACAAAUUGUAGUGAAGGCAAGGAUUUGCUAAGAAAAGACAAAAUACAGCAUGUCUCUUGGCUGAAGUGAUAUGGGGAUCAAUAGCUUUAUUUGCUUUUCUUGAAAGUGGGGGCAUUUUUUGCUUGUUUCUUAUUAGUAUUUUCUUCAAAAUCUAGAGCCCCUAUAUCCCCCUCUUCCCUGUCUCCAGCUUCUGUUUAAUUAGCAAUUGUUAUUGGUAUUUUCCAUCGUAUAGUUGUGUUGAACAUAUCAGGCACGCAUUUUCCACGCUCUUCUAUAAAGUCGAUAUUGGUAAAUUUCAAUAUGCAUUCCAAGAAAUAUAAACAUAUGAUUUCAAAAAGACAAUUUUCCUGAUCGUGAAAAGCCAUUCUGCAGAUAAUAGCUUCUUCCAAAGCUAUCAAUAAAAAACUUUGCUUCUAACAAGAUCACUUUAUUUAUUAAUGAUUCUCAGUUUUAUUUAAUUGCUAUACGAAUCUAAAAAAAUCAACAUGUGAUUUGCUAACUUUUGAAUAAAACUGAUUGAUAGUAAAUAGUAGAAAAAAUCAAGGCUGUCAAGAUCAUUAAUUUCACAUUUGCAAAUGUACAAUCCUGGCAAAAAAGGUUUAGGGAGCGUAUCUUUUUAAAUAGACUACAAUUUGCCAGCCAAUCAAAUAAUUCUUGGCCAGGAUUGUCUUAUUUCUAAUAAGAAUGAAAAUCUAUCAUAGCGGUUUGUUGUGUAUCGGAAAGAGCUAUUAGGCGUAUAGAAAUUGACGCCCAAUGCUAAAAAACUAGGGAGUCGGUCUUCUAGAGUAUUAUACGCUGAAUCUUCAUGAAAUUUAAAGAGUUUCAAAAAUCUGCACAUGAGGUAGUAAAUCGGGGGAGACGCGACAUGUUUACUUAUAUUGAUCAGAUUCAAAGUUCUUUACGUACGUGGAGGGUGCAUAGUUAUAAUGGGAAAUAUUGAUUUGGGGGUCCUUCUUGGGGUCCUUCUUGGUCAAUUAACUAUGAAUUAUGGGUUAGUAUGGGAUUAACAGUUUACACAUUGCGUUUUGCUUCAGACUUUGCUAUUAAAGUACUUACAUUAAAUUUGCCGUCGAUCUUUGUAGACGAAAAAUUAGUUGAUAGCGUGUAAAAGCUUAGGAGAGAGAGAAAUUCGCAGAUGCUACCUGAUAUCCUACAGUGGGGUAAAUGCAGCCAAAUUCUCACCAAAAGAGUCAGUUGCUGAGUACAAAAAGAUACAAUACCUCCGUCGAAAGGGAAAGGAAAUGAUGGCAGUAAGAUUUAGAACAUCUGAGUUUACUCAUCAUAUACACACAGAUGUACCGAAAAACAUUCCAAAUUGUCCUCGCUGCUUUACAGAAUUGAUCAUGAGUGGCAUCAAUGUCUAUUUUUGUUUAUUUGAGAAUAUUCAAGUCAUCACGAGUAACCAACGGGAUUCCAACGAGUUACCAACAAGCUACCCUAACCAGCUACCAUUUCUAAUUGUGGUUUUAUAUGGGAAUACCACGAGUUACCAUGACUUUUUUAAUAAAUAUAUAUGUUAUAUUUCAUAAAUAAUGUGGUAACUCGUUGGUACCUCGUAUACAUCCAUACUGAGUUCUGCAAAUUCAGAAUGUAACCCAUACGGUAGCUCGUUGGUGACUCGUGGCGACUCAAAAUCAUUUCCCCAGAGCAGGACGAUCUCUAGAAAAUGGAAAUGAUUGGCAAUUAACGCAUUUUUCUGGCGCCACAGAAGCCCAAAGUCAAAUCGUUGUUUGUUUUAAACAUAACCAAACAGCAAACAGCCAUUUUACAUAGCAACUGCAGAGCGCUCGAAUAUCCAAGCGGAAAUUGGAUUCUCUUUGUCAAAAUUGAAAAAGAUUUCUCGAUUUUCUACUUUGACAAAGAUAAUGAGUUUUAUGUCAGAAAUCAUUGCGUUCAGGGCCCAAGAGAGGUUAUUGUUAAUGUGAGGAAGAGCAACAACAUCAAUAAUUGAGCAAAAGAGUUAAAUGAAUGGAGAAACUUCCAAUGAACAAAAUAAUUGCUGCUUCUCGGAGUGGUAUUCAUGGUAGAAACUGGUGACUGAGAUGAUUCAAACUCCACUAAUUUCCUAGGCGAUUACGGGUCGGCAUAGAGAUACCUUGAAAUGAUAAGUGUUGGUGACAGUAUAGAAAAUAAUGAAUGCCUUUGUCCAUAAAUAUUGAUGCAGCAUCAACUUUAAUUGGUAAAAAGAAGCCUACACCGUAAACAUGUUGAAGCACCAAGGAGUUUUGAAAAAUGGUAGAAAAUGGAAAAAGAUUUUUGCCAAAGACAGAUUUUGCAACAACAAUAAAGAACAGCAAAGUUGUGAAACAGAAAUGGUGGUCACCCAGAAAGAACUUUUCAAAGAAGAUGAUAUCAAAGAGUUUAAAGAUGUUUUCAAGUUGUUUGAUAAAGAUGGUGACGGAAAUGUGACUGAAAAGGAACUUGGCGUUGUUAUGAGUGGUUUGGGACAACACAUGGCUGACGAAGAGCUGCAUGAAAUGUUUGUUACUGCUGAUUUUAAUGGAGAUGGUCUGGUAAACUUCAAUGAGUUUAUGGAAAUGAUAAGGAAAGGUUUGGACCUUGAAGAAAAGGAAAAUGAAGUUGUCGAAGCCUUUAGAGUUUUCGAUCGUGAAGGAAACGGGUUCAUCAAUGCUGCUGAAAUUAGAAGAGUGAUGACAAACCUGGGCGAUAAACUAAACGACGAGGAGGUAGACGAAAUGAUAAGAGAGGCAGAUCUAGACGGCGAUGGACAAGUAAACUAUGAAGAGUACGUCAAAAUAAUGAUGUCCCAUUAGCCGAUUGGUGCAUUUGAAUUAAAGCACAUACCGCAACAUACUUCGGAACGAAAUCAAGCACCUUCUAAUGAAGAGAAAUGACCUUGAAAUGGACGGGAAAUUAACACAGCACCAGAAAAAGAAGAAUAAUAUUUACAUAAAAGUGCAUCGAUAGGAAUUUAACCAAACAAUUGCAUUCUCGUGUGAUUAAAGUAUGUUGUGUGCAAUGAAUAAAAUUGUAAUCAAGUGUAUGACGUCUUUUAGGUUCAAAGAGAAUUUUGAUUUUGUAUGAUGCACAGUAAAACCCGUAUGACUUAAGCGCAACCUCAAAAAUGAACUUUUAGGUUAAAUUUGGCAAUAUUUAUAGCAUUUGCCAAACCUUUUAGAGAAAUACAAGUGUACGUGCCACUGAAAGCUGGAAUAUGAAAUAUUGUGAAUACGUUUUUGUGUAAAGAUAAUUUUCUGAUUGUUCAGCAGUAAAAAAACUGAUUAAAAGUUGCUUCUGUUAUCUGGAACAAUAUCACGGCUGGUCUCCGAUGAAACUAAAAUAGUUUUCUGUACAGAAUUUGAAAAUGGCUUUGAAAAAAGCAAACAAUUUAUAACAUAUUGGCAAAUUAAUACCGGAGUCCAAGAGAGAGAGCGAACUACUUCUGUCUUCACAAUAUGAAACUUUUUCUUUAGGCACGCGGCACUGAUUGGACAACAAUACUGGUCUUGUGCUUGCUUUUUUCUGAUUGGCCUAUUUCGAUUCACAACUGGGUAUAUAUUUUUCCUCGUGUUCUUUCGGACCUUUAUUCUGACGUUUUAUGCUCUAAGGAGUAUCAGGUUAAAAAGCUUUUAGCCAAUAUGUUAAAAAUGUUUGCUUUUUCAAAACCGCAUACAGAAGUUUAGGGUUAGCAGAUACAAAUGAAAUCGAAAGAACGUGAAAAUGAAAACACGUUUGCAUGUUUUUUAAGAAGAAUCGGAAGAAGGAAUAUAACAAUGCCUAGAAAUGAGCCACGGUAAAUUCUAAAUAAGCAGAAAUUGAGGCAUUUUCGAGCGUAUAACACCUUCUAAGAAAUUUUUCAUUUCCCUUUAUCUGUAAACAAAUUAUCGGUAUAGGGUUUCGAUUCAACAAUUUUUGCUGCCUAUAAUUUAUCUCACUGUUAGCAAAACUGUAUCUACGUUGGGAUUUUCAGACAAUGCUUUUGUGUAUCAUAUGUCUGAAGUGUGCACAGUUUCACUCUGUUAAAGAUAAUCAAAUUCCUAGUCGCUAAACAUGAUUUAAAAGUUCUCAAGGACAGGGAUUUUUAUCAAAAGAAUAUAAAAAAUCGAUACUUCAACAGCCAUACAAUGCCAUACAAUGCUCAGAACAGCUUAUGUACAUUAUGCGUUUUUCAUUACAGUUCACCUAAAAUACGUUGCAGACGAUUCUCAACGCAACUGAUAAAAACAAAGCUUUUAUACAGUUCAAAGCACAGCAGAUUACUUUUUAGGACGUUUCUCCGUUUCGCAGGCUGGGUGUGUUCUGCAAACAGCAAACAAAGUUUGAGUUUUAUAACUUGCGUGGUUACGACGUUAUUGUGCAAUACCCGAUAGCAGACUAGGUACAAAACCCCAGUCAAAAAUAGAUUUUGGAUACGCACUCAAAGCUUGAUAUACAGCUAAUCUGUCUUUGCAAAUCGAAUUGUGUACUUGUACCCAAUUUAUGCUGGUAACAUAAUAUGCACAAUUGUUCGACAAUCUACGAAAAGUUUCAACUGCCAUAAAGAUUUGCUUGUUGGUCAGAUCAAAUAUAUUCUUUAUUAAUUUUAACUCAGUUUCGUAGAUUUUUGAUUAGAAAACUUUUAAGGCAGGUUGCUGGAUGGAUAUGCAAAAUCUCUGUCUAAGAAAUACGCCAAUAUCAACCACAAAGUAACUUCUUUUUUGAUAAUAUUUUGUUUCAUAACCUUUUGAUUUUCUCUUGAUCAAUCUGAAUUUCAGUUUGUUAAAAGCGUGUAAAAAUAUUUUCAUAAUCAAUUGAAAUAAAGCAUUUUUGAAAUGAAAUAAAAAUUAAGAAAUUGAGCAAGCUAAUGUUGGUUUGAGAUCUUUUGAUUUUAAUAAUCUUUUCUCAUUUUUUCGUUGUGAUUGAAUUUUAUUUUUUCCAGUUGAGGAGUCUGCAUGGUUUCCAAAAACCUUUGAUUAUUUCGUAUUUAACUAACUGUGCCCUUAAAAUCAAUUUUGGGGCGGAAAACUUUGAGGUUUGGGAAACAAUUGCUAAAACUGAAAAAGGAAAUUUGCUAUCCGCCUUCUUAAAAAGUAUUGCUUGUUAUUAUAGGACAUCUGCUGUAAGUCUGCUUUAGUUGUUAGAACUAUAUCUUUCUCUGACCAAUGCAAUAUACCUAGAAAACUGUUUGAGAACUGCCGCUAUUUGACACAAUUAAAACGCUAAAUUGAGACUGAAUGCUUUCCGCAUUUAACUCUACCAAUUCUAAUGUAUCAACGAGAAUAAACGAAAAGAUGAAUUCCUUUCAUCUGACAAUGACUUGAGAUUUUGGACCUUCAAAUAAUGAUUAUCGUUUUUUGUCUGUCGAUCUUUUAUGUCCCACAUUUUAAUUAUGUGUGACAGCUAAAUUUCACAAGUGAGCCGUAACGUUUUUUUCUGUUCAUAGAGAUGCAAAAUCAAGGAAUGCAUUCCAAAUAUUUUUCUAUGACUAUAUUCAUUGCCUAAUCACGACUAAUUUCUAUGACUAAUCACGGGCAGUUAAGAGGUAGUUGAAGCACAGGGCUUAAAACCAGAUGAUUACUUCAGAAGAAUUCUAAAAUCUCAAGAAAAUACACAUCUUAGAAAGAUUAUGUGGUAAAAAACUUAGAAAGACACUCUGUAAUUUAACGGUUUGGACGGACUGUGUAACGGUUUGGAUUCUAUAUUUAACCAAUUUCGUUAUGUUUCCUUUGCAUGUUUAGGUUACAUGUUCUGUUAAAUCCUGUUUUGUUAGUUAACGCCUUUUUUUGGUAAUGUGUUUGUCUUUAAACUUGUAGUGUGACGCUCUUAUUGUCUUGUUAAUUAGCUUUUGUUCAUGUUAUCAGGUUAUUAGCAUGUGUUGAUCACGUUAUAAGUAAGUUUCUGUUGAAGCAUUAGAGAUAACACCAAAGAA